GCCGUUAUGCGCGCGCGCUCUCCUAAGUAACAGCCGGUGAAGUGCGCGCGGACGGAGAGGCGGACAGGCGCGAGGCAGCAGUCGCUGUGUAGAAGCUCUCGCGCGCGGAGCCCGACGAGUUCUUCGACUUCAGGUGUCUCGCGAAGCGCGAGGCAGCCGCGAGGAAGUCCCCGGCCGCCGCGUCGGAUAGGAUGGAUCGAUGGAGUCCGGUGCGCGAGACAUGGCUGCUGUUGCUUUUCAUCUCGGUGUUUUACACCUCACGAGCAGCCAAUCCCAUCGACGUCCUGAAGGUCCUGGAGCUCACGGAGGACAUGGAGGGCGUGUCGCUGGAGUCCGGACUGUGCACCAGCAGACAGGGACUCGGGGUGUCGGACCUCUCCUUCAAGAUCGACAAGAGGAUUCAACUGAGCGCGCCCACCAAUCAACUCUUCCCUGAUUCGCCAUUCCCUGUGGACUUCUCAGUGAUGACGACAGUCAGGGCUCUAAAAGGCUCCCAGGUCUUCCUCCUCUCGCUGUACGACUCGCAGGGCACACAGCAGCUGGGCGUGGAGGUCGGCCGCUCUCCCGUCUUCCUGUACGAGAACCACGAGGGUCAGCCGUCUCCGGAGCUGUACCCCACCUUCAGAAAGAUCAACCUGGCUGAUGGCAAGUGGCACAGAGUGGCCUACAGCGUGGAGGGGCAGUCCGUGACGCUCUACCUGGACUGCGUCAAACUGGAGACCCUGGACCUGCUCAGAGGUCACGACCCCCACGUCAGCACUGAGGGGGUCACGGUGUUUGGAACGCGACUGCUGGACGAAGACGUGUUCGAGGGAGACAUCCAGCAGCUGUUUAUCGCCGAUGACCCCAGAGCGGCGGAGACGUACUGUCAGGACUACAUCCCGGACUGCGACGCCUCUUUGCCCUACGACGGGAUAUUAGCAGAGGCCGAGGAGGUGGAGAGAACGCCCAAGAAGCACGUGAUGGAGGAGGUGGAGGAGUUUGACUACAGUGACCUCUACGAGGACCUCUCUGUUUCCACGGCGACGGCAGAGCCCAAUGUCAUGGAGUACGAGGUCGUAGAGUACGAAGACUACGACAACGGGUCGGAUCUGUACCACGUGAACGAGUACGUGAACGAGUACGUGAACGAGUACGAGUACGAGGACGAGUACGACGAUCGCUACGGGCCGGCCGAGAGGGAGCGAGAGCACUCUGUGGACGCCAAGGACAUUCCAGAGAAAGGAGAGAAAGGAGAGCCGGGCUAUUUGGGAUCGGGAACGCAGUUCACAGGACCUCACGGGCCCCCGGGACCGGAGGGAGAGGCGGGGCCUUAUGGAGUCACGGGACCGGUGGGACCUCGAGGAGACCCAGGAGAGCUGGGCCCGUCGGGGCGGCCGGGCCUCAACGGAGUCGACGGGAUACCGGGUCCCCCAGGAAACAUCGUGCUCAUACCGUUCCAGUCAAGUGGUGAUUCAAAGACGGGUACGCAGGUGGUUUCUGCGCAGCAGGCUCAGGCUCAGGCCAUCCUGCAACAGACCAAGAUGUCUAUGAAGGGACCUCCAGGGGCACUUGGCCUCAGGGGAAGACCCGGACCACUGGGUGCAACAGGUCCCUCUGGGCUGAAGGGGGGCAGUGGGGAGACGGGCCCACCGGGUCCUCCAGGACAGACAGGUUUCACAGGUCAGGGCGGACGACCUGGGAAAAGAGGUCGAGCGGGUACAGACGGGGGCCGUGGUGCGAUCGGAGAGUUCGGAGGAAAGGGAGACAGAGGCUUCGAUGGCCUACCAGGUCUCCCUGGAAACAAAGGACAUAACGGGGAACGGGGAAAGCCGGGUCUUCACGGUCCUUCUGGAGAGCCAGGAGAAAGGGGCGCUGAGGGUCCAAACGGGCCGAGAGGACAACCAGGCGAUGAGGGUUCCAGAGGUCUAAACGGCCCCAGAGGUCGUCCCGGGCCCUCGGGCCAGCCUGGCAUUCGGGGAAUUUAUGGCGUUCAAGGCUCAAAGGGAAACAUCGGAGAACUGGGGGACAUCGGAGCACCUGGACAGCAAGGCAACCCCGGCAUUUUGGGUUUCCCCGGUCCUCAGGGGUUAGUAGGGCUGCCGGGAGAGAAGGGGCCUCAAGGGAAGAAGGGGAGCCACGGUUUACCAGGAAACGACGGGCCCUCGGGUCACCCCGGAAGAGAAGGCACUCCGGGUGAAAAGGGGCUGCCGGGUCCUUUGGGAGUGCAGGGCCCUGUCGGUUACCCCGGACAACGAGGAGUUAAGGGAGCCGACGGAAUAAGAGGAUUGAAGGGAAGCAAGGGUGAAAAGGGGGAGGACGGUUUCGCCGGGUCCAAAGGAGAGAUGGGCGCCAAAGGGGACGACGGAGACAACGGAGUGACAGGGGGCCGGGGGGAGGACGGGCCCGAGGGGCCCAAAGGACACAUGGGGCCUCUAGGAGACGCUGGGUCUUUCGGUAUUUUUGGAGAGAAGGGGAAACUGGGAGUUCCUGGUCUGCCGGGGUAUCCAGGGAGACUAGGACCAAAGGGCUCGAAUGGAUUCCCUGGCUCGCUCGGAGCUGCGGGAGAGAAAGGGAAGAAAGGUCCUGCAGGACAAUCAGGCGGCGGCGGCCAGCGCGGUCCCAACGGCGCUCGAGGCGGCAGAGGGGCGAAAGGGCCCACCGGGAAAUCAGGAGAGAAGGGCUCCUCCGGACACGACGGACCCCAGGGAUCUCCUGGAGAGAGGGGGCCUCAAGGGCCGCAAGGAAGAAAUGGAGAGCCGGGACCUAAAGGAUCGGGCGGUCCAGCUGGGAAAGACGGACUUCCAGGUCACCCAGGUCAAAGAGGAGAGCCGGGGUUCCAAGGCAAGACGGGGCCUCCGGGACCCUCAGGUGUCGUGGGGCCACAGGGCAAAUCUGGUGAAUCCGGUCCCAUGGGCGAUCGAGGUCACCCAGGGUCACCAGGUGUACCUGGAGAGCACGGUUUACCAGGGGCUGCUGGGAAGGAAGGCGGGAAGGGGGAUCCAGGUCUAUCUGGGACCCUCGGGAAGAGUGGCCCCCAGGGACUGAAGGGGUUCAGGGGGCGCAGAGGAGCCCCUGGAACCAUGGGACCUCCGGGUCUGAAAGGAGGAUCCGGGCCGACUGGAUCCCAGGGGACCGUCGGGUCGACGGGGGAGAGGGGCCCUCCCGGGUCGGCGGGGGCCAUCGGGCAGCCGGGUCGGGCCGGAGCCGUCGGAGGACCCGGAUCAAUGGGAGAGAAGGGCGAGCCGGGAGAUAAGGGUCCGGUGGGACCAGCGGGUCACGAUGGAGAACAGGGUCCCGUGGGGCUGCUCGGGGCUUCGGGCCCCACAGGCCCUCCAGGAGACGACGGGGAUAAGGGCGAGCAAGGCGAGUCCGGGCAGAAGGGCAGCAAAGGAGACAAAGGGGAAGGGGGCCCACAAGGCCCCACCGGCACUCAAGGUGUUAUCGGGCAGCCAGGACUCCCGGGUGUGGACGGGCAGCUGGGCCCCCGGGGCCAGCAGGGCAUGUACGGCCCCAAAGGAGACGAGGGACUCCGCGGCUUCAAGGGCUCCAGAGGGCCAAUCGGAUUACAGGGCAUGCCCGGCCUGCCGGGGGAGAAGGGCGAGAGUGGACACGGGGGCCUGAUGGGUCCGCCUGGUCAGCAGGGGCCCUCUGGUCCUCAAGGGUCCAUCGGGGGACGGGGUCCGGUUGGCCGCCUGGGGAUGAGAGGACAGCCCGGUGUUGUUGGAGAGAAGGGGGAGGACGGCGAGGCGGGCGACCCGGGAGCAGCCGGCGCUCUCGGAAGAAUGGGGGCACAAGGAGACCAGGGGGAGAAGGGAGACACGGGCCUCUCAGGGUCAGCCGGUCCACCAGGAGCCAGAGGACAAACGGGGGAGGACGGGGCCAAAGGCAACUCUGGUCCUCCAGGUGUCACCGGGGACCUCGGGCAGCAGGGAGAGGCCGGGCCCAACGGGGUGGACGGUCUGCCCGGGUCGAAAGGAGACGCAGGAGACCCCGGGACAUUGGGGCCAAUGGGAGCAGCAGGAGAAGCCGGACCAUCCGGACCCCCCGGGCGAAGGGGCCACUUGGGAAAAACAGGGAAAGGAGGAAAGGACGGCCUGAAAGGAGCGAAGGGUGCUCCCGGUGUGGAGGGGCCCAUCGGGAAGACGGGGCCCGUAGGCGCCCAGGGACAUGCCGGCAAGUCAGGCCCUCAAGGGUUAAGAGGGAUCCCCGGCCUGGGCGGGGAGCAGGGUCUAAAUGGACCGCCCGGUCAGACGGGACCCCCAGGCCCCAUGGGUCCAUCGGGAUUACCGGGAUUUAAGGGUGACCACGGCAAGAAGGGAGACAAGGGUCACGGCGGUCUCAUCGGUCUGAUCGGGCCACCGGGGGACGUCGGAGAGAAGGGCGACCGAGGACUGCCGGGGACCCAGGGCCUGCUGGGCCCCAAAGGAGACGGGGGUCUAGGCGGCUCCGCCGGGCCCAGCGGCCCCCCCGGCCUCAGUGGUCUCUCUGGCGCCGGCGGCACAAAGGGCUCUAAAGGGAACCAGGGUCCGAUCGGUCCCAGAGGAGACAUCGGGCCUGCGGGGCCUCCGGGUCUACCAGGAAAGCCAGCUGCCGGCAUGUCCCCUCUGCCAGACCACAGACGGAGGAGGAGAACCCACACCUCGGUGGACGGCGCCGCCCUCCAGGAGGAGAAGGAGGAGGCGAUGGGCCGAGGCCGCGAGGACUGGAUGCAGCGGGAUCAGGCGCAGCAGGGCGGUCUGACGAAGGAGGAGAAGGAGAAGGAGGGCCAAGGCAUGGAGGAGGUGUUUGCGUCUCUCUCCUCGAUGAAAGUAGAGGUGGAUGGUCUGCGGAACCCGCAAGGGACGUUCCACAGCCCGCGCACCUGCAAGGAGCUGUGGCUGCUCCACCCGGAGCUCCCCAACGGUGAGUACUGGAUAGAUCCCAACCAGGGUUGCCAUAGAGACUCCUUCAAGGUGUUUUGUAACUUCACUGCACAGGGAGAGACGUGUCUGCAGCCUGGCAAGAAGUUCCAGUCGGUGAAGUUGGCAGCUUGGAAAGGGGAGAAGCCCGACAGCUGGUACAGUCAAUUCAGGAAAGGAAAACGGAUUACUUACUCCGGGACGGACGACAUUCCCGUCCACGUGGUCCAGUUGACCUUCCUGCAGCUGCUGAGCGCCACGGCCCACCAGACCUUCACCUACCACUGCCUCAACUCGGCCGGCUGGCUGCACGCCGCCGCCCACAGCCACCAGCACGCGCUGCGCUUCAAGGGCGCCGACGGCGAGGAGCUGACGCACGAGAACACGCCCUACAUCAGCGCGCUGUACGACGGCUGUCAGACGCGCUCGGGGCAAGAGAGGACGGUGUUGGAGUUCGACGCUCCGCUGUCCAACACGCUCCCCAUCGUCGACGUGGCCGUGCCUGAUUUCGGGAAGGGGAACCAGAAGUUUGGUUUCCAAGUCGGUCCGGUCUGCUACAACGGUUGAGCAAGGCAGUGGGGGGGGGGGGGGGGGGAUUACAGCAGGAUUAAUCUAAUAGAGCCAUGGACACUUUCUACAUGCAGGGAGAAAACGACACGCCCACAAGACGGACCUGGUGCCACAUAUUUAUAAGUUGAUUUACCUACAGCAGUGUUCCUUCAACAGUCACUCUGACACAGACUUUCAUUCCCUCUCCUUAAUCCACCUCCUCUCAUGCACCCUCACAACUCGAGAGCAGUGCAUGAAUGCGUCGACUGCCAACCUCAUCCUCACUCACACACAAUUUGUAUUUUCUUCCUCUCCCUCUUCGGAGGAGUGAGCGGUGCUCCCAUUGUUUCAUCCCUCUCUGGUCAUAACUGUAUUGAUCGCUGCAUUCAGGUCCGAUCAAUAUACAAGUCCACCCACACUUUGAUCAGUGAGUCAUCUUCAUACAUGCAAACACGCCUUAUUUCAGCACCCAACACGUUGUUCUGUGAUUUCAUCAAAACCUCAAUUUGCUGUGUUGUUUGUUUCUUUCUUUUUGUUUGUUGUCGUCAUUUUGUCGUUACGAGGAUCUAUUAUGCGAUGUGUAUUUGAGUGUCAUUCAUCACGGUGCUAUCAUGUGGUCCUCGCGGAGUACAUUUCUUUUGUAAAGGGGAACUGGGGCAGUGCAUUUUUUGUUUUUUUUGUUUUAUAUAAAGUGUGAAGCCUUGUUUUUAUAUUGUUUUCAACAAAACCAAACUGUGGCACACGAUGAACUCGACGUCUUUCUGUGUAUAGUUGUGUGGGGAAGUGACUGAGAAACAUCUUUUAAUAAAAAGUGCAUCAUGUACAUUUAACUUAA